AUGGACACAGGACCUCUGGGGUACGUGAACACCUACAGCGGAGAUGAGCUGAUCUGCUACAACCAGUUUUCAGUGUUUGUGGUCGGAGCUGGAGGAUUCGGAGGGAAGAGAACCUCUGAGAAAGCAAAAGCUUCUCUGCCCCCACCUAAACGGGCACCAGAUGCUGUGGUGAUUGAUUCGACCACAAGAGACCAAGCGGCCCUGUACCGGUUGAGUGGAGACUGGAACCCUCUUCAUAUAGACCCCAGCUUUGCUGCCAUGGGAGGCUUCCAGGCUCCCAUCCUUCAUGGCUUGUGCUCGUUUGGCUUCGCUGCAAGACAUGUCCUCAAGCAGUUUGCCGACAACGACCCCUCCAGAUUCAAGGCUAUCAAGGUUCGCUUUGCAAAGCCGGUGAUGCCGGGUCAGUCACUGCAAACUGAGAUGUGGAAGGAAGGCAACAGAAUUCACAUCCAGUGCAAAGUGAAGGAGACAGAUGCCAUUGUGCUCGCUGGGGCCUAUGUGGAUUUACAUGGUGCAUCAGAGGCUUCUUCAGAAAAUCUCACUCAAGGAGGGGAUCUUCGGAGUGAUCUGGUGUUUGCAGAGAUCGGGCGUCGUAUUAAAGACGUUGGCUCUGAGUUGGUCAAGAAGGUGAAUGCUGUGUUCAGUUGGGAGAUCAUCAACGACGGCAAGAGCGCUGCACAGUGGACCAUUGACCUGAAGAACGGCAGCGGUUCCUUGCACAAAGGCCCUUACAGCGGGAAAGCGGAUGUGACCUUCACUGUGUCGGAUAAAGACUUCAUGGAGGUGGUGCAGGGGAAACUCAACCCUCAGAAGGCCUUCUUCUCCGGCUUGCUGAAGGUUAAAGGGAACAUCAUGCUGAGUCAGAAGCUGGAGGUCAUCCUGAAGGACUACGCCAAGCUGUGAGCUCCUCAGCCAACCAGUCAGAUGACUUUCUCACCGACUAACCAACCUACCACCUCUCUCCAUUUGUCGGCUUUUAUUCUUCUGAUUCAUGAGUGUAGGCAAACGUUCAGCUGGUAGACUUAAAGCUACGUCAGAAUUAAUUUUCUAAUGUGAAUUGACUUUUACUGAAGUCAUAAACUGUACAGAGAUGAUAAAAGAUAUGUUUUUUUUUUAUUGUAUCACUUUGGCUACAUUCACAUUACAGGUCAUCAAUGCUCAAUUUAGAUUUUCCCGAGAUCUGAUCAUUCUGCCUAGACUGUUAACAUUCAUGAUUAAAGAAACCCAUAUCUGACAUCAGUGAGAGCAGAUCGCUGCCCUGAAGCACCUCAUGCAGCCAAAAACAUCACACACCUCGUCCUAACAUACAGCGAGUACACAAACUCUGACUGUGAAAGAGUGUCCACAAGUACUACAAGCAACAGCAACAUUUAGGAAGCCUUUUGAGUCCUGGCCAAACAGUCUGCUGGUAUUGAGGGUUAUUUCCUCUCACUCAGACAAAGAAAGCUUUCAGAGAUAACUUUUGUUUAAACAUUUAAUUUUGAAUUCAGUGUUGAUUGCAUAAUGUAUUGGCUAACAAUAAAUAAAUACAUGAAUAAAAACAUUAAAAUUG